UUCACUAUGCAGCAGACUCUGACCAAUAUAACAAUGGCGAGAGAGGUUGCUUUAGACCAUGCAAACCACUACUUCCAGCUUUUCUACCUUACACCUGAGGACAUACUGAAUAGAGUGUUGGAAACUGGUCCUGAGUUUUCGGAGCUGGAGUAUAUGAACGCCUUCCAACUAAUCCACAGAAGUCAAACCCCAGACAGACCCCAGCGCCAUUCAGAGGCACCUACAGCGCCUUUCUGA